AUGGGGCGGCAGCGGCGGGCCCUGGCCCUGAGGGCGGUCAAGGCCUCCCUGGUCCUCUUGGCGCUGCUGGUGCCCUCGCAGGCGGUGGUGCGGGCCGUGCUGGACGGCAACGCGAGCACAGUGGACUUCGCGGACCUGCCGGCCAUGUUCGGGGCGCCCCUGGCCCCCGAGGGUGUGCGGGGCUACCUGAUGGAGGCCAAGCCGGCUAACGCGUGCCACCCCAUCGAGCGCCCGCAGCCGGUGGGCAAUGGCUCCCUGGGCGCCAUCGUGCUCAUUCGGCGCUACGAUUGCACAUUUGACCUGAAGGUGCUGCACGCCCAGCAGGCCGGCUUCAAGGCCGCCAUUGUGCACAACGUCUUCUCGGACGACCUGGUGCGCAUGGCCCACGUCUACGAGGACCUGCGGCACCAGAUCUCCAUCCCCGCGGUGUUCGUGAGCGAGGCCGCCUCGCAGGACUUGCGGGUCAUCAUGUGCUGCGACAAGUCCGCCCAGGUCCUCUUGUUGCCCAACUACCCGCCGUGCCCGGACCUGGACUGCCACCCCGUGCUGGCCAUCUCCUGGGUCCUGGGCCGCACCCUGGCCCUGCUCAUGUCCACCUUUUUCAUCCUCCGACACCUGUGGAACUGGCUGUGGUCCAGGUGGGCCUACGGGCCCGCCGCGGUCAAGAAGCCGGCCUGCCGGAGGGCCCAGGUCCGGACCUUCACGCGGCUCAACGACGUGUGCGCCAUCUGCCUGGACGAGUACCAGGAGGGCGAGCAGCUCAAGAUCCUGCCCUGCUCCCACACCUACCACUGCAAGUGCAUCGACCCCUGGUUCUCCCAGGCUGCCCAGCGCUCCUGCCCCGUGUGCAAGCAGUCGGUGGCCAGCACGGAGGACAGCUCCAACUCCACCAUCGACAGCUUCUGCGACGAGGACCCCGCCCUGCUGGGCCACCAUGCCCCCAUCUGGGCCAUCCAGGCCCGGCUGCGCUCCCGGAGGCUGGCGCUGCUGGCCCGAGCCAGCCCACACCACUCCUGCAGCGCCACCUCCGUGGGGGUGGCCGAGGCGGUGGAGUCCUCCGAGCGGCCCCCAGACCCACUCUGA